AUGGAUGGGGAAGAAGUUUGGGAUGAUGAAGAAGUUUUGAAUGGAGAAGAAUCUACUAAGUAUGGAGAAGAAAUUAAGGAAGAAGAAAAUGAAGUUAAGGAAGCAAAAGAAGUUAAGGAGGAUGGAGAAGAAGUUAGGGAAGGAGAAAAAGUUAAGAAUAAAGAACAAGUUAGGGAAGGAGAAGAAUUUAAGGAUGGAGAAGAAGUUAGGGAAGGAGAAGAAGAAGUUAAGGAUGGAGAAGUAGUUUGGGAUGGGGAAGAAGUGAAGGAAGGAGAAGAAGUUAAGGAAGAAGAAGAAGAAGAAGAAGAAGUUUGGAUGGAGAAGAAGUUAAAGGUAAAGAAGAAAGUAUGGAUGGGGAAGAAGUUUGGAACGGAGAAGAAGUUAAGGAAGGAGAAGAAGUUUGGGAUGGAGGAGAAGUUUGGAAUGGAGGAGAAGAACCGAAAUAUGGAGAAGAAAUUAAGGAAGAAGAAGUUUAAGAAGAAGAUGAAGUCAAGGAAGAAGAAGUUUUAG